AUCUGGGUAAACAAUUACGGAGUAGAACAAAACAGAAGUAGAAUAAUUCGAAAUGACCCGAAACUACUUUCCAGAAUAAAAAUGCGAAGGCCGUGCAUGCAAUAACAAUCUGAAGAAAAUCUCCGGCGACGGAAGGAUGCCGGAGUUGAAGUAUCUGAAGUGGGCGUUCUUCCAUCUCCUCAUAAUUCAUACCCCAUUCAACGCAUCAGCAAUUAGGAGGCAUAUAGGUCUUGAAGUUCAUGCAUGCAGGAAUACAGUUCAAGGAAGAUAUUUAUUAGCUGAUGACCGUGGCUAUGUCUGUGAUGCUCUAUCUGUGGACCCUGAAUCACGCUGUUGCCCCCAGAAAAGAGGACAAUACUCUUGUCAGGGAUGCAACCUGAUUUCACAAUGCUGCAACUCGUAUGAAUUUUGUGUUUCAUGCUGCCUUAAUCCAUUGCAGACUCAAAAAGAGUUGGCUAUAAAGACGAAGAUAGCCAAGGCAGAAAAUGCAGGUACUUACAAUUCUGUUUUUGAUUUCUGUGCUGGGAGGUGCCGUCACAAUUCUGGCAGUGUGGUUCAUGAAAAUGCUUAUCUCAGUGAUUUCCACCACUGCUUUUCUUUGCCAUCAAAUUCCUCAGGAUCGUCUGAUACACUGAUGGAAUCAAGAUUAGCUGGCAUUAGUAUUGUUGUUGGAAGGCAGGGUGAAUCGUGUAACUCUGUUUGCAAGUUGAGUGGGAAGUCGUGUGUCCCUAGCAGGCUUAUGGUGCUCAACAAUUGUGAAAUUAUGCAGAAAUAUAUGAACUGCAAAGGAGGGUGUAUAGCUAGCAUGGGGCCAGAUCAGCCAGCAGAAGUUGCCGAUGGUGCACCUAAGCAAUUGUACCCGGGAGCAUGUUUAUUUACAAAAUCACAGACGAUGUUCAAUUGUGAUGGUUUGCAUCAGCAUACAAGAAGGCUUUGUCCCUGUGCCUAGUGAUUGACUUAUUUAAUUCCAUGUUCUGGCCCAGAAUGGUUGUUGACGUUUGGGUUCGGUUCGACCAGUACCUUAUUGAACCUGUGGCUCUAGGAGGGUUUUAUAGUUUUAUCGUUUUAUCGUUUUAUUCUUUAAUUAUUAUGGGAAUAUGUCUCAUCAGAGAACGGGUGCGUGCAAAUAGCAUGAUUUGAGUGGUUUUUACUCAGUUUUUAGCCAGAGUUGGGUUUCGAUAUGUACAUAACAUUAUAGCUCAAGUAAUUAGGCUGUUGAAAGACGGUUGCAUGAUCAUAUGGUGAUCUGAUGUCCAAGGAGUUUCAGUUAGAGCAUGUCCUAUUAUUGCU